GUAUCCAUUCUGGCUGUUGGAGGUUUCCUCGCAUACGUGGCUCGCCUUUCCUUAUGUGCAUUCAUGGCGAAGCGACGUGGAGGACGCGAACAAGCUCAAGAAACGCGCUCCUUCUUUCAGACACAACUGGGAGCCUAUACCGUGUCAUUGUUGCUGAGCAAUUUCUUGAUGAGUAUCGCGUUCAUUUUCAAUGCAUACUGGCUCAUUAACUCAUUACGAAUCACAUUUGCAGGGUUUGUCAAGCAGUUCAGCAUCACAGCUAGUUCCUAUUUCACAUCAGCAAUUGCCAUUCAUGCAUUUACCACGCUUGCGUGUCGUCGUCGAUUGCCGAUUGGUUCUGCGGGUGGCUGUUGUAUCGGGCUGGGCGGCAGCAGCUGUAUCAUCCCCGCCAUGAUUGAUGACGACAACCAUGGUUCGCUAUACGGUUUCGACGGCAUGUCUUGUGGGAUUUCGCUGGCCUACCCUGCCCUUCAGCUUUCACACAAUUGCUGUCAGGUGUUCCUUGCGAUAGCCACCUCGAUACUAUUCUACACUCUCGUCUACCUCGUCCUACGCGGUACCAUCUCCAUGAGCAACGGACUGAGGCUCAAUUUCAACACCGAGGACCGCAAGCGUUCAUUGGACAUGGACGGCAGUGAUCCGAAGUAUCAGCAGUUCAUCCUGACUGUCGCGAGAAGCCUACUUUGGUAG